UGGACUCAUUGCGGGUCCCACACUCGUGUUUCCCUAUACUGUGAAUUUUCUUCCGAUUGAAAUCACCCAAUUUUUCGAUUCUAUUCUUCUUUUUCUGUUUACUCUUCGCAGCAGCAGCAGCAGCAGCCAGAGCUGCAAAACCUCAGAGAGAGUCUGAAACAUAUAUCCAUAUAUACAGUAUCAACCGUAAGUGGUGGUGGGAGUGGUGUUAGGAAAACGAAGAAGAAAGGGUGAUGGGAGAUAGAAUCAUACCUGGAAGUUACUUCCAGUAUUCACCUUCUGGACUUCAUGCAUCAUCCCCUCAUACUCAUACUCAUAAUAGACCUCCUUCUUCACCUUCUUUAGAUCGUGAAAGCAAUGCCAGAUACAUGGCUGAGUUAUUGGCGGAGAGGCAAAAACUUGGACCAUUUAUUCAAGUUCUACCACUUUGUACUAGACUUCUUAAUCAAGAAAUUGUACGCGCAUCUGGUUUGGUCCCUCAUCAAAACUUUUUGGAGCACGAGAGUCCGUUGAAGUCGCCACUUCCUCAUUCAAAUGGAGGAAGAAUGGAUUUGGAGGGGUGGUCGUCUGUAAUGCAUGCAGAGGAAAAUGGAAUGUUUCUAAGACAUGGUGGUCUUCAGUCACCAAUGGGUUGGCAUGGGUCUCCUGGAAUUACAAGCACUGUGAAGAAAGUCAUUCGGUUAGAUAUUCCGAUCGACAAGUUUCCUAGUUUUAACUUUGUUGGGCGUCUCUUGGGACCUCGGGGGAACUCCUUGAAAAGAGUUGAGGCUACAACUCAAUGUCGAGUAUACAUCAGGGGUCGAGGCUCUGUUAAGGAUUCACUUCAGGAAGAGAAACUUCGAGAUAAACCUGGCUAUGAGCACUUGAAUGAGCCAUUACAUUUACUGGUGGAGGCUGAAUUUCCUCCAGAGAUGAUAGAUUCUCGUUUGACUCAAGCUGUGGCGAUAUUAGAAGACCUCUUGAAACCUGUGGACGAGUCCUUAGAUUAUUACAAGAAGCAGCAACUGCGGGAGUUGGCUAUGAUAAAUGGCACACUGAGAGAGGAGAGUCCUCAAAUGAGCCCAAGCAUGUCUCCCUUCAAUAACAGUAGUGCAGGAAUGAAACGAGCCAAAACCGGUCUCUAAAUGUGUAUAUCUCUAAUCAGUCGUUAGCUAUUUGAAUUGGUCGUAAGUUAUCUCUGACGUGCCUAAGAUUGAACCCAUUAAUUUUUUAACCUUUUAUGUUGUAGUAUUCGGUGUAAUUUUUCCUUCUUAAAUUUAUCAUGUCGUUUAUUCUUUUUGCUUGUACCGGUUUGGCCUAACGUACUUUUGCGCACUGCAGAAAUCUGAAUUUGAGACGAUUACUUUGUCAAUGAGCAUUUGAGGUUUCUUU